GCAGGUUGCAUAGCAACAAGCCAAAGCAGAGUCCUCAGUGAACUUUCCAACUAAGGUUGGUUUGCGUAUUUUCCUGCCAUUUGACGACUUAAUUUCAGCUCCUUGUAACACUUUCAACAUGGCGAAGACGAUUUUCCCCCAAGAGAGCAUCUACAACUAUUUACCCGAACAGGUUCACAGUAAAAAGCCGAAGAACACGCCCAAAUCCAGACCAGUGGUUACCCUGAAGGACAAGCCGCUCAAGAAUGCAAUGAAAACGAUGGGACCAGCAAAAGUGGAGGCUCCCUCUCCAGAGAAAUACCUCAAGAAGCAUUCCAAAGUGCCGGAAACAAAAGAACGUUGUCAUCGCAUGUGCAUCGCAAAGAAACCGGCCGUCCCCUUGAGGUCAGAACACCCGCCUGAGGGCCUCUGCACCAAGAGAAACAUCAUCAAGCCCACAACCACCAGACAGCAGGUUGCUUCUGUUGACACCAACCGAGGCCACAAGGCGCUCCUGGAGCAUUCGGGACUGGUCCCCAAGUACACCAAGAAAAAGGGCUACGGCCAGGUGCCCCAGUACUUGCGGCAUCGCAGCGAGGAAGCGCAGAGAGCAGUAGACGACUACGAGUUUGCGGAGGAGGAGCGUAGCGCCUUGAGGCAGCUGUCGGAUGAGGAGCGACAGGCCAACCUGGAGAGCCUGAAGAGCACCUUGGCCGAGCUGAACGACAAGUACCAGCGCCUGCCGGUGGUUGUGGACACGCAGAUGAGGAAGACUCGCAAGGAGCAGCUGGAAGCGGAGAUGAAGCAGCUGGAGAGCGAUGUGGUUCUGUUUGAGAAGUUCAAAACCAUCUACAUUGCUGAUUAGAUCUCCAAACGCGAGCGACAUUUCAUACUCCGUCCAACUUGCCGGAUCUUGGCCUCAAGAUGCAUGAACAUUUUCAGACUUUUUCCCCCACUCCAAAACUAGACUCCCCAGGCCCGAGCAUCGGCAAAACCAAUGCAAAGUGACCGCAUGUAAAUGGAGUGACCCCAUUUCUGUGUCGGCGGGGUGAGAAAUAGAACACGCCGGGAAGAAAACAGCAAUUUUGGUUUGUCGACACCAAAUUGAUUGAGUCCAACCGCAAA